CCUAAACGAAAUUUAAAGCGCUGUAAGUGUCGUCUUGGCAGGGUAACCAGUACUAGCAAAAACGCCCACUAUCAAAACAUAGUAUCAGCCUUUGCAUGGGACGCCGACGCUGCGCGGCGUGGGACACAAGCUCGAAAGGAAACCACAUGAUUUGCCCACUUGACGCCUGAAGGCCUCAUCUCCUUGCCAAGAGCCAUGUCGUCCACACUCGCAGGCCCAUUGACAGAUCACUGUUUCACUUCAGUCGCACACAGUGGUACACCCAAGGGUGAAAGCAUUACCAUCGCUGGCGUACCGACAUACCUAUCUGCUCCGCAAGCUUCCGCUGCGUCCACAGUAGAAACUGUCAUCCUAUGCUUCUCGGAUGUCUUUGGGCCAUUCUAUAUCAAUGCUCAACUGGUUCAAGAUUACUACGUUUCCCAGGGCAAGUUUCUAUUACUUUUUGGUGAUCUUGUUCAUCUGCAUCUCAACAAGCCUGGGUUUGAUCGCUCAACAUGGGCUAGCGUCCCAAAGUGGGUGGAUGGUGUCAAGGAAAUGUUUGGAACGAAUGUGAAAUACUGUGCCGUCGGUUUCUGUUUUGGCGCGCCCUACGUCUUUCAGGUUGCAGCUACUAUCGUGUGGUAUGUAACAUAUCUUUCUAUCUUUGCCGCUGUGGCCCAUCCUACGAGCUUGACCGAGGAGCUUCUGAGAGCCAGAAAAGUGCCCCUGUUGUUCUCUUGCGCAGAAACGGACUCUGCAUCCCCAGCGACGUUCCGACGACACGUUGAAGACAUCCUUGUGGAGAAGAAGGCAACAUACUGUUUUCAGAUAUCCAGCGGUGUAUCGCACGGCUUUGGAACAAGGGGAGAUCCAGAAAUCGAGACUGAAAGGUGGGCGAAGGAAGAGUGCCAACGUGCGAUGGUAGGAUGGUUCAAACGCUUUACGAGUAGCAAGUGAUAUGUGCUGUUAUUUUGAAAUCAGACUGUUUCGGUAAAUCAUCCUCAUAUUGUGGCCUUACUCUGGAUUGUUUCAAAUGGACAGACCUUGUUUGCUUUCCGUGAACUCUCGAAGGUUG